CUAUCGGCAAGAUAGAAUUUCUUCUCCUGUGCUGCCACUUUCCUUCCACUCUCUACAAAUGGCGGGCGGCAGCGGCGAGGCGUCAAUGUCGCCGCCGUUCUCCGGCGGCGGCGGGAAGCGCGGGAGGGACCCGGAUGAGGACGUGUACGUGGACAACCUCCACUCCCAUAAGCGGUACCUCAGCGAGAUAAUGGCGUCCAGCCUGAAUGGAUUAUCUGUUGGAGAUUCACUGCCCGACAACAUCAUGGAGUCCCCUGCGAGAUCAGAGACUGCUUCUUGCGUCAGGGAUGAGAUAUUAUCCCAAUACUCACCAAUGUCAGAAGACUCGGAUGACUACCGGUGCUAUGACACUCAAUUAAACUCCAACGUGAGUCAAGCCGAUCCAAUGGUCAGUCCUUCGACUAGUCCAAUGUCAUCUCCUCACCGUCAGCAGAAACCACAAUCUGCUUUGUUACCUUCAAACCCAUUCCCUCUCCCCAGCUGCUCCCUCUCAUCAGUGGUCUGCUCUCAUGCUCGCCGUGGCUCUGACAAUGAAGGACGGUUCCCAUCCUCGCCGAAUGACAUGUGCCAUGGGGCAGACCUGAGGCGAACAGCACUACUGAGGUCGGUGCAAAUGAGGGUGCAGGGACCCCACGCGUACGACCUGACAUAUGGCAGCAGACACGAACAAGAACAUGCACAUGAUCAUGAGGAACAUCUAGAGGGUUUGGAAAGGGCAGAAGGGCAGUCUCCUUGCAGGAAAUCAAUGGAUGAUGAAGACAGCUACCAGAGGCCUGACCGCGAUUUCGGUCGACCAGAGCAUGAUGAGAUAGAUUACAUCGACCACUGCACAUUGGAUUAUUGUCCAAGUGAUCCAAAGUUUAAGCAAGAUGAUAAGAACCAAUGUAAAUUUGACACCAGUAUGGAUAAGAAUAGAUAGUACAGGGAACGCACUAUGCCAUUUUCAUGUUAAUAAUUGGGGAUUCUAACGCUGCUUAUUCUUGUUGUAAUCUUGAUUGCUGUUUGAUCUAUUGUUCUCUGUAGUUUGAGCAUCUGCGUUCAGAAUAUUGACAUUGUAAUAUUUGAGUGAAACUAACCUUUGGAAUGUUGCCAUGCCA